ACUCAGACGCUACAUUCCAUCAUCGCAAUCAAUCUCAGUUCGAUUAGCAUUUCCAGAUCUAAAUUCAAUUUUCAGAGCUUGCUUUGAAUUCCAAACCCAACGGCGAUGGCGACUGAAGAACCAAUUGUUGCGACGGAGCCCACUGCACCGGAAGUCGUUACCACUGACUCCGCCCCACAGGAGGAGAAACCCGAGGUCCCGGCAGCUGAAGAAAAACCAAAGAAAGCCAAGAAGCCAUCUGCCAACCGAAAACCUAGAAGUCCUUCUCUUCAUCCAACAUACUUCGAGAUGAUUAAGGAUGCCAUUGUUACGUUGAAAGAGAGGACUGGUUCCAGCCAGUAUGCGAUCACUAAGUUCAUCGAGGGGAAACAAAAGAAUCUUCCGGCGAAUUUUAAGAAGCUUUUAUACACCCAAUUGAAGAAAUUCGUUGCUGCUGGUAAACUAGUGAAGGUCAAGGCUUCAUACAAGCUACCGGCAAAAGCUACGGCAACAGGUGCUCCGGCGAAGAAGAAACCUGCUGCAAAGCCAAAGACAGCUGCCAAAAAAGCGCCCGCUAAGAAGAAGGCUGCUGCCAAGCCCAAGGCAGCUCCAAAGGCAAAAACAGCAGCGAAACCGAAGAAAGCUGCUAAGGCUAAGCCCGCGGCGAAAGCCAAGCCUGCUGCUAAGCCCAAGGCAGCGGCUCCCAAAGCCGCAGCGAAGCCAGCAGCACCAAAAGCCGCCGCCAAGCCCGCUGCAAAACCAAAAGCCGUAGCUGCCAAGGCGAAACCGAAGCCCAAGACUGUUGCCAAACCGGCUAAAGUAGCAAAGACAGCAGCUAAAUCGACUCCAGGGAAAAAAGCAGCCGCCGUUCCAAAGGCUGUGGCGAAGAAGGCAUCUGCGAAGAGCUUGAAACCCAAACCAGCAAUAGCGAAGAAAAUUUCUUUAGCAUGUCAAUUAAUCAAUCCAUGUUUGCUUUACAAUCUCCCUUAUACCCCUGAUUCUGAUACGAAGUUUGGUGAAGAUUGCUCCCGAUUUGAACAGGAAAUGGAUAUUCAAGGAUGA